AUGAUGGGCAUCCAAGCUGAUUGGAUGGUUGCCCAUAUCGGCCAAACAGCGCCAGAGGCUUUUGACAUGUUUGAGAACUUGUUCGCUGUCAUCUUCACAUGCGAGCUGGCGAUGCGUAUUCUUGUCUACCAUAUCAGGUUCUUCCGCACAGCUGAAUGGAAAUGGAAUCUUUUUGAUUCAGUCGUAGUUGGCUUGCAGAUAAUCGACAUCGUGUCCACAAUCGCUGUUGGGCCGGAUGCGAACGUGUCGUCCGAAACUGGCAACUUGAGCUUCAUGAGGAUCAUCCGCUUGAUGCGCUUGUUACGGAUUCUGCGCCUCAUGCGAUUGCUGCGCUUUGUGCAAGAGCUGCGUUCCAUGGUCAUGUCAAUCGCCGCUUCACUGAAGUCGCUGAUGUGGACAAUCAUCCUGUUGGCAUUUCUCAUGUACGGCGUUGGCGUUUGUUUGACACAAAUGAUUGCUGACAGAGGAUUAGAGGAGCCCAGAAUUAUGGUGCUCUCUCCGGACCUUAAGAGUUACUAUGGGUCACUGCCUGAAGCUUUGGUGUCUCUUUUUCAAGGCAUCACCGGUGGUAUUGAUUGGAAUGAUCUUCUGGAGCCAUUAGAGGAACAAAUUUCACCGUGGCUGGCAGUUGUGUUUGUUCUGUACAUUGCGUUCGCGGUUCUGGCCAUGAUGAACGUCGUGACAGGAAUUUUCGUGGAAUCAGCCUUGCAAUCUACUCGGGCAGACGAGGAGAAGGAAGUGCGAGCACAGCUGGACGACAUGUUCAAGUCACUGGAGAACCCCGAAAUGAAGAGAUGCUUCGAGAGCUUAGGUUUCGACAUGGCAGAGGCAUACGGUCUCUUCAACUUGCUUGACACUGAUCAAUCCGGUGAAAUCGACUGCGAGGAGCUACUGGAGGGCUGCUUGCGUUUGCGGGGAUCAGCAAACGCGAUUGAUGUUGCCACCCUACAGUACUCAUCCAAAAGGGUGUUUGAAUGGUGGAGAGGCAAAAUGAGUUGUGUGGAAGAAUUGUUGGCAUGUAUUCUGGAGAUCCUGGAGCAGGCGGCUGGCUUUGCAACGAUGUUAUAUACCCUUUAUAAAGCCAUUUCCGUGAGGUACCGGUCGCAGCGGACAAAGAGCGCGACCAGCACAUCAAGGUUGCAACGGAAAAAUUGCACAAAGCAAAGGAGGACCAGGAGAAAGCGAAAGAGGACCACAUCUUCGACACCUGGCGAAAGAUGA